AGAUGCCACUUACAUCCAUUGCAUCGAAGAUGUAUGAAAAGAUGUCCCAUCAUUCUCUCAAGUCGUGGAGGAGUUUCAUUUCAAGGUACAGCAGCGAGGUCGAUACACUCAAGAAGAAGGCCUUCAUCGCGCGCCGCAAGGCCGAGAAUGUCGCAAAGCGAGAAGAGGCCAGUGGCGUUAUUGCGUCACCUCCGACUGUGGACAAGUCGUCGCCAGAACCCGAAGCGUCUGGUUCCAUGCAGCAGUCUGUUCAGGACAUCGACCCGGAUGGUUUCAAGACUAUGACCGAGUUCUUUGCAGAUGGUUUUGCCGACAAUAUGUCGGACGAUCAAGUCUGGGAAGCUCUGGCUGAAUGGCACCCUUCUCGGACAGCGCGCGAGUGGCAAGAUUUCUGGGUCAAGAAUGGGCCUGAAAUCAAAGACGAGGUGGACCGACUUAACAGUCUCGCCGAUGAAAAUGAUGGUUAUGACCAGGCGUUAGAUGCCGAUGGCAAGACCGACGCAGAUAUAGAUGUAAAGGCAGAAGCCUAUUGAGAUCGCAGAUCGCACCACAUCUUGUCACCCAGCUGAAUUAUUCUUAGGAUAUGAACCUCCGGUUCGUCACUGUAACUUCUUCACGUUGUAACACUCGAGUACGAUACUUUCUUGUAUGUUGUCCUAAUGC